AUGACGGCCAUCUACGUCAAGAAUCGACUGCCGUCACCUAAAGUCGUACACAAGACCCCGUUUGAGAUCGCCUACAACUUGAAACCAAGCGUCAAGCACACGCAAGCAUUCGGGUGUCAGACGUACAUACUGACGCCAAAGGAGAAUCGACUCACGUGGGAUCCAAAGGAUCGCGCUGGCAUAUUCGUGGUUAUCAGUCGCGAUGUCAGCUUCGACGAGUCCACCUUUGGACUUCCGCUGCUGAUCACUGAUGAAGAUGCCGAUGACCUGGACUUCGAAUUGCUUGACCUUAAUGAUGAAGAGCCGCGUCAGGUGGAGUACAAGCAAACAGGCAAGCGCAAAAACCGCCUCAGUGAUGAAGAUACAGCAGCUCCACGACCGCGUGCAGUGCGUCAACGACCCGGACUUGAAAAGUCAAGCGCGCCGGAAAGCAACUCGUCACGCCAAGAAGAAGACGAAGAAACGAAGGAUUCUGAUGAAUCAACUCCGCCUGUGUUUUGUUGUGCGAGUGCGAAUGCCGUUGAAACAGCAGCGGACUUAUCGGAGCCCUCAACAUUUGAGGCGGCAGUGAGCGGCCUUGACCAAGUUUAUUGGCGAAGCUAUUCAUGCAGAUCUCGAGUCAACGCGAAUUCGCAGUGUGUUUUGUGCCGCCAAGCUUCCCAACGGACAACGUGCCAUUGUCACAAAGGCUUUCGCCAAAAGUAUGGCAUCGACUGCACGGAGACAUUUUCGCUCGUGGUCAAACAUGUGACACUGCGAAUGGUGAUCGCAAUUUCCAAGCACUUUGGAUGGCCCAUCGACCAUCUUGAUGUGGUGACGGCUUUCCUGUAUAGCUUCAUUGAUGAACAAGUAUUUUACGUGAUUGCUGAAGGCGUUGAACUUGAUAGUACGUUCGACUGCCUGGAAUCGGUGAAGUCAAUUUGCGGCCUCAAGCAAGCGUCGCGAGCGUGGAAUGCGACACUCGACGAUUUUGUGUACUCCAUUGGAUUUCAGGUAUCGGACUUCGACCCAUGUCUCUACAUCAAGACUUCGGACGGCCAUCGUGUGUUUUUACUGGUCUACGUGGACGACGUUUUGGUGACUGGAAGCUCGCUCGAGCUAAUUACACGAACCAAGAACGACCUGAAGACACGUUUCGAGAUGACAGACAGCGACAAGUGUGCAUUUGCUCUUGGGAUCGAGAUUCUGGACGGUGAAGACGGCAGUGUGACUAUGUGUCAGCGCCGUUAUGUCAAUGAUAUCCUCAAGUGCUUUGGAUUGGAGGAGUGCAAGGCUGUGGCGGGUCCUGUGGAUGUCAGCUCUCGACUGAUGUCAAGCAACACUGCGAGCAAGAUCGAUGUUCCGUUCCGUGAAGCUGUUGGUGCUUUGAUGCAUCUGACGACUACAACACGACCGGACAUCGCCUAUGCUGUGAGCUUUGUGUCGCGCUUCACGGAGAAUCCCCAAGAAGAACACUGGGUUGCAGUCAAGCGCUUCUUUCGAUACCUGGAGAAUCCCCAAGAAGAACACUGGGUCACGGUCAAGCUCAUUAUUUGA